AUGGCCAAGACAUACGCAGAGCGUGUUGAGAAUUUUCAGAAUGAGACAGCAAGGAAGCUUCUUCAAUGUAUUGAGCGUAAGAAGAGCAACCUCUGUGUUGCAGUUGACGUGACAAGAAAGACAGAGUUACUUGAUAUCGUUGAUAAAGUAGGACCAUACGUUUGUCUAUUAAAAGAUUUCGUCAUUGGAUUCGUUGCGGGGAGAAAGUUGACGGGCGAUGACGAGGAUUUCGUAGUCAUGAGUCCAGGAGUUGGAUUGGAUGUUAGUGGAGACGCGUUGGGUCAGAGAUAUCGUACCCCAGAAGACGUUAUUGUCAGUAGUGGUAGCGACAUCAUUAUCGUUGGAAGAGGGAUAUAUGGCAAGGGAAGAGAUGUGGUGGAAGAGGCUAAGAGAUAUAGAGAUGCUGGAUGGAAAGCGUACAUGACGAGAUUAGGCCGUUAA